AUGGCUCAGGCUCUCUCUGAGGUCGGUGUCAAGGGCAUUGCCAUCUUCGACGUUCAGCAGGAGCUGGGUGAGAAGUCUGCCCGUGAGCUCUCUUCCCAGACUGGUGUCGACGUUCGCUUCUACAAGGUCGAUGUUCGUGAUCAGGCCGCCAUCCAGCAGGCUGUCCAUGAUGUCGCCGCUCACUACGGCUACAUCAAUGCUGAGACCUACGACUCUGAGAAGUUCCGCCGCCUUCUCGACAUCAACAUCACCGGUACCUUCCUCGUCGCCCAGGCUGUUGGUCAGCAGAUGAUCAAGCUCCAGACUGGUGGCUCCAUGAUCAACAUCGCCUCGAUGUCUGGCACCAUCGUCAACUACCCCCAGGAGCAGUCUUGCUACAACGCCUCCAAGGCCGCUGUCAUCCAGCUCACCAAGUCCCUCGCCGCUGAGUGGGCUCGCUACAACAUUCGCGUCAACUCCAUCUCUCCCGGCUACAUGGACACCGCCCUCAACCGUGUUCCUGCUCUUGACGCUCAGAAGCGUAUUUGGAUGGACAACACUCCCCAGAAGCGCCUUGGAGCCGUUGACGACCUCAAUAACCUUGCUGUCUACCUCGCUUCGCCUGGUUCCAGCUACAUGACUGGUAACAACUGCCUCAUCGACGGUGGUUACACCUUGUGGUAA